UAAUAAAAUUUAUUUAUGUAUUUACAUCAAUUUAAUUAUAUACGUAACAUUUACUAAAUUUUUAAUUAUUCAAUAUAUAUUUAUAAUUUCAUAAUAGGUAAAAAAACAUAUAAUACAUAAGAGUAAUUUAUAUAUAAUAUUCAUUCCGUGUAAAGCGCAGAUCUUAGUCUUUGGUUUUAGUUUAGUAACCAAGUAAAAACAAAGUUCAAAUAACUAACCGGUUAUACUAUCCAUAGAUUGGAACCGGUCGGUUCUGUAUAUAUAAUGAAAUUUUUUUUUUUUUUUGAACACCGAGAGAUAAUGUCUUCUGUAAAAAUACAAACUCCAAACAAAUCCCAAGUGGACAACCGACGAACCCACACAAGCUAAACCUCUCUCUUUCUUCAUCCGGCUAUUGUCCAAAUACACUUCCAUUAUUUAUAUUUCUACACCCUCCUCCUUAUAUUUAUAUAUAUAGAAAUAUCUCAUUACAACAUCUCAUUACACCCUCCUCCUCUUUCUUCUUUUAAGAGAGAGAGACAGAACCAUAGAAUAGUGAGAGAAGAAAAUACAAAAAAUGCCAACGUCGCUACAGUUUCAAAGAUCUUCCUCCGCCGCAGAAACAUCCAACGCCACCGUCAGCUCUUAUCACCACCACCAUAAACAGAUUCAUAAAGUGAGCCUCACGCGUGGGAUGGCUGAUGUGCCGGAGCACGUGGAGAUUUUCCACACCCACGUGGUUAGUCCCUCUCAGUGCUUCUCCGUCGUGGUGCAAGACGUGGACGCUUCGGCUUCCGCCGUCUGGUCGAUUCUCAGUCGCUUUGAACACCCUCAAGCGUACAAACACUUCGUUAAGAGCUGUCACGUGGCUGUUGGAGACGGCCGAGAGGUUGGGUCGGUGAGAGAGGUCCGAGUUGUCUCGGGUCUCCCCGCCGCGUUCAGCUUAGAGAGACUCGAGAUCAUGGACGAUGAUCGCCAUGUCAUCAGCUUCAGCGUCGUGGGUGGGGACCACAGGCUUCAGAACUACAGGUCGGUGACGACGGUGCACGAGUGUUCGUCGACGGAGGACGGUAAAAAGAGGGCACGUGUUGUGGAGUCAUACGUCGUUGACGUACCGGCAGGUAACGAUAAGGAAGAGACUUGCAGCUUCGCAGAUACUAUUGUACGUUGCAACUUGCACUCGCUGGCUAAACUCGCCGAGAACAAGCCUAAAUAAUCGUAAUCACGUUUGUUUAGUUAUUUUGUUUUGUUUUCUAUAAUAUUUAACUAUAUGUAUUCUCUCUAUCAUCUUUUUUUUUUCUCUAGGUGAGUUUUGAACUUUUGGUUGUAGAUUAGUUAAUAACUAUCGUCCGGGAGUUUUAGAAACUACAAAAUAGUGGUUUUGGUUUUUCGAAGUUAGGGUUUCAGGGUUUGUUAAAUGUUAGUUUACCCUUAAGACCAUUUCUUCAUGAUGAACGCUUUUGUUUAGUGUAUUGUAGCUUUAUUAUAAACGAAACACUGAUUUGUUUAGUUUCUUUUUUCUUCGUAAUAUUCUUCUUGCCCAGUUACUUACUUUACAUAUGUAUGAGGUUCACUUAAUCAUGCACGAAACAAUACAAUGAUUCAGCUAAUGAGUAUUGUUUGAUAUUUCCGAUUAUAUCACCAACAAUUUGAUUAAAGAUAGUCACUGGCAUAAUUACUAAUAUACAUACUAGAGAUCUGAAAUUUUUGUGGGCAAUCAGGAAAACCAGGUGCUGUUUCAUAUGAUCCGCUUUUCUUUUAUCUCAAGAUAGUCAUUAAAGUAUAACUAUGUAAUGUAAAGUAUUAACCAUACAUAGUUUGCACUCUCUUAAAAUGCAGAAAAAAUAUACACUACUUAUCUAUUCGUCUUUGUAAUUGAAGUACUAAUCAUUAGUUAUACAAUAUCAAUCCUAAGGAAAUGACAACAAUUCAGGAUAUACUCGAACCAAUGUGUAAUCUAUCUUGAAUUUUACUGUAGAUAUUUAACAAAUUUUAUUUAUGUAAAUGGCCAUAUGUAAUACUGAAAUUUGGCAUUUAGCAAAGGAGAUUACAUCAUUAUAUUUUCUCCUAAUUUCAUAACUUAAUAUUUCAAAUAAUUUAUCGUUUAUCAACCAAUUUUCCAUUAAUACAUAAAUGGUUUUGUUUUUAUCCACCAAAAUUAAAAUUAAUCCUAAUUUUAUUCACUAAAGUAAUAAAAUUUCCUCGGGUCUUUUUUUAUUUUUUGGAAUGCGUGAACCGUUACAAUACUUCAAAUGUCAAAAUUAUUACUCUCCUGGUGUUUUCCUCGUCCUAUAUAUAUCUCAUGAAGAACAGGGUAAGAAACAUAAAAAAGUAACUUUGUAAUAUAAUCGCCUUGUUUGAUACAAAGAAUCCAACGAACAAGAUGAAAAGACCAUCUUUACCAAAAAAAAAAAAAAAAAAAAUGAAAAGACCAUUCUUUCAAAGUUUCCAAAGGCAAUAUGAGAAGUUACUUUGUAAUUAACUAGUUACAAUUUUUUUUUUUGCUUUAAAACUAGUUACGAUUUUCAGGCUUGGGAAACCAAAUUCAACAUUGAGUACCUAUAUAUAAAUGUAUGAUCGUACGUAAAACGCAAGUUGGGUGUAAGAAAAUCCAACUUGUUAUAGAAAAAAAAAACAAAGCCAUGCAAGUUG